GCGCGCCCGGGUCUGGAGAGUCCCAGCGCUCUGCCGCAGCGGAGCGGAGCGGAGGUGGAGGAGAUGGCGUCCCAGCCGCCGCCUCCCCCGAAACCUUGGGAGACCCGCCGAAUUCCGGGGGCCGGGCCGGGACCCGGACCCGGACCCGCUUUUCAAUCUGCUGAUUUGGGUCCUACUUUAUUGACAAGACCUGGACAACCUGCGCUGACCAGAGUGCCCCCGCCUGUCCUUCCAAGGCCGUCACAGCAGACGGGAAGUAGUGUGAACACUUUCAGACCUGCUUACAGCUCCUUUUCUUCAGGAUAUGGUGCCUAUGGAAAUUCGUUUUACGGAAGCUAUAGCCCUUAUAGUUACGGAUAUAAUGGGCUAGGCUAUAACCGCCUCCGUGUAGAUGAUCUUCCGCCCAGUAGAUUCGUUCAGCAAGCUGAAGAAAGCAGCAGAGGUGCAUUUCAGUCCAUUGAAAGUAUUGUGCACGCAUUUGCCUCUGUCAGUAUGAUGAUGGAUGCUACCUUUUCAGCUGUGUAUAACAGUUUUAGGGCUGUAUUGGAUGUAGCAAAUCAUUUUUCCCGAUUAAAAAUACACUUCACAAAGGUUUUUUCAGCUUUUGCAUUAGUUAGGACUAUAAGGUAUCUUUACAGACGGUUACAGAGGAUGCUAGGUUUAAGAAGAGGCUCUGAGAAUGAGGACCUAUGGGCAGAAAGUGAAGGAACUGUGGCUUGCCUUGGUGCCGAGGACAGAGCAGCUAACUCAGCAAAAUCUUGGCCAAUAUUCUUGUUCUUUGCUGUUAUCCUUGGUGGUCCUUACCUCAUCUGGAAACUGCUCUCUACCAACAGCGAUGAAAUAACAGACAACAACAACUGGGCAAGUGGUGAGGAUGACCAUGUAGUUGCUAGAGCAGAAUAUGAUUUUGCUGCUGUAUCUGAAGAAGAGAUUUCUUUCCGUGCUGGUGAUAUGCUAAACUUAGCUCUCAAAGAACAGCAACCCAGAGUGCGUGGUUGGCUUCUGGCUAGUCUUGAUGGUCAAACAACAGGACUUAUACCUGCUAAUUAUGUCAAAAUUCUUGGUAAAAGAAGAGGUAGAAAGACACUGGAAUCCAGUAAAAUUUCCGUGCAGCAACAAUCUUUGACCAGCACAACGCUAAUUAAAGGAGCCACAGCUGCUGAUUCUUUGGAUGAACAGGAAGCUGCCUUUGAAUCUGUUUUUGUUGAAACUAGUAAGGUUCCAGUUUCACCUGAUUCCACAGGGAAAAAUGGAGAUAAACAAGAUCUUUGAUAUGUUUCAUGUUUGCCUGCAGUUGAACUGUAGAGUACUUUUUAAAAAUUACUUCUUACAAAGAAAUUAUUCUACAAUCUAAUGAACACAUUUAUUAAUUGCUAUUGCAGGUGUUUUGCUGCUAGAAAUUGUUAAAGUUGUACACUAGUAUGUUGGUCUAGUGACCUGGUUUCAUACUACAAGUGACUGGACCACAAGGAUGUUUGUUUCACCUAGAUUUUAAGAUUAUGGAAACUGGUAUCACUUUCAUCUUAUUUAAAACCCUAUGUUCAUUGAAGGAGUAAGAGUAAUGAACUACAGAAUAUACUCUUUGCUACAGUAGCGAUUACUAGUGUUUUUUUAAAAGUCUGCAUUACUUGCAUUGGAAUCCUCAGAAAUUUAGUGCUAAAAUAUAAGAAGAGGAGCAAAGGCUAAUAUUUUUUUUACAACUUACAUUGAAUAAUAAAAAUUUUCUGAUCUGCAUUACAUUCAGUCUUGGGUUUGUUUUAGGCAAUAAUAUGUUUUUGCCCACUAUCAAUUGGUACCAUCAUCUUUUAUUGUAUUUUUAAAAAUAUAUCUUGAAAAGGUUGCUAGAAGCACUGUGAAGGAGAUGGUUCUAGAGUGAUAUUUAGCCCUAUUAGUUUUUUCCCUGCUAAUAAAAAGGCUGACAUUUAUCUUUCUUACAGAUUAUUUCCAUUUCUUCUGAGGAUCAAAGAACUUUUUUCCUUUGGAACAUGACUAGUUUUCAUCCUGUAAGAAUCAGGAUAUAGGAAAGAUUUCCUUCCUUUUUCUCCAACCAGGACUCAAGUCCUUUGAGUUUGUGCUUAAUGAUGUAAUCAAUUCUAGCAGUAAUGAUUAAAGUCUUUCCAUAGAGUCUCUGCUUCUGAUGUGUAUAAUUACUUUUAGAAGUUCAUAUUCAGGCUGUUCAUUGAAAAUACACAUUUUUUUGGUUUAGUUUUUACUACUUACCUGAAUUGCCAUUUAGCAUAUGAUAAUGCUAUGUGACUUGUUUUUUGUUUAAUAAAAACUUUAAAUGCAUUUAAAUUUCAGUACACUGAAUAUUUCCAAACAGAAUUGGAAAAUUUGUAUACUUGCUGUAACCAUACUAUGAAAUAAUACUGUCUGGAAUACAGGUGUAGAAGAAUGUAUUCACAGACAUCCUGAAAACUUGCAAUUUUUUAUAACGAUUUUGAUUUAAUAUUUUUAUCUUUUUAUAGAUUUAUGUUGACCAAAUAAAUAAUUCUAGAACAAGUCAGGCUAAACUAUGUACUCAGCAUAGAACUUUACUGAAGGCUUCUUGGAAACCUCUCUUUUGAAAUAACAGUAUAAUAAGUAAUAUAUUAUUUAAAAUACAAAGGUUGACCCUGUACAGGAAAAAAGUGAAAAAUAGCAAAAUUUAUGUAUUUUAAGUCUGUUUUCUAAUACCCAGGUUGCGAUGAAGUUUCUUGUAUAUUAUUUUCCAUUUUUGUUCUAUAGUUAGAGGUUCUGCUUUGUUUUGUUACAGAGUAACCUAUAGAAAUUUGUUCUUGAAACAAAUUUUUAAACUUGGUGUUGAGACAUCUAAGUUGAAUGCUAAGUGAAGUGUAUAGGUGAAAUGUUGAGUCAGUUCUAUUUAAGUUAGAAAAGGUAAGUCUUUACAAUAGAAUUUGUAACUGGUAUUAAAGAUAUAUAGGGAGAAGAGUAUAGCACAGAAUGAAUAACAAGAAUAAUUUCUUUCCUUAGGCUGUUUAUUUUUCCGUUAAGUAUGCUAAAUUGCAAUACAUAUUUUCUGACUGGUAAUUCUUUGUGUCUGAAAAUUCCUUUUAAAAUUCUAGAAAAGGAAUUUGGGACUAGAAUAAGAGGAAUUUUGUAAUCUUUAUUCUAGUUUUGCUAUACUUUUUUUAGAUGAUAUGAAAUAUAAUGUCCAAGGGUUCAAUAUUGUUAUUUUUAAAACUUACUUAAGAAGGUACUGCUUUACAGAAAUUACUAACUGAAACCAAAACAUUUUCAAUUAAAAUAAUAAAUCACAAAUUAAAAUAAGAAAA